GCAACACGGAUACGCAUGGAGCCUCCAUCACCUCCAGUCCCUUUUACGCACCGAGUCCGAUAAUGCGCGCAGGUACAGGGACCCCAGUCGCCACGUUUUCCGCCGCCGCACUCUCAAAUUAAUCUCAUUUUAAAGGACUAAUAUGAAAGAAGUGGAUGUAGAGGUCUGACAGAGCCACGAAAGGAGGCGUAUUUCUCUUUGGAUCGUUCUUGUUUUCCAUCACCCGAGCGUCAGCAUGGAUGUCUUGGCGAACCACAGUAUCUUUCAGGAACUUCAGCUGGUCCACGACACCGGCUACUUCUCCGCCAUGCCUUCGCUGGAAGAAAACUGGCAGCAGACCUGCCUAGAAUUGGAGCGCUACCUGCAGACGGAGCCCAAGCGUCUGUCUGAGCUUUUCGACCAAGACUUGGAAGGCCUCCUAACUCCGGCUUACCUGAAGGAGGAUGGGGAGGAGGAGCUUUCAGAAACCCUGCUUCCAAGCUUGCCAAACCUCCCUGAACCUCCGAGCCCACCUUCUGUGAUCCUCUGCCCAACACGGAAGAACCUUCCCUCAAGUGGAGUGAUGAGAAGAGACCUCAAACCCAAAGGGCAGGGGCUGGAAAAUGUAGAAGGGAUGGAAGGCGUCCACCAGGCCCAGCUGAGUGCCGUCACCUCCCUGACACCCCCUUCGUCGCCGGAACUGGGCCGACACCUCUUCAAACCCAACCAGACGCUGACGGCCUCGGCCGACGGGACGCUCACCUUGAAGCUGGUUGCCAGGAAGGUGGGGAUAAGUGCGGCCCGGCUGGUGGCGGGGCACUCGCUUCCUGACCGGAUGAAAGAUGAAGAAGAAGGGGCUGCAUGCGGGAUCGGGGUCGGAGAGUUACCAGAAAACAAGAAAAGGAUCCACCGUUGUCAAUUCAACGGCUGCCGGAAGGUGUACACCAAGAGCUCCCACCUAAAGGCCCAUCAGAGGACGCAUACAGGUGAGAAGCCGUACAAGUGCUCGUGGGAGGGCUGCGAGUGGCGAUUCGCCCGGAGCGACGAGCUGACGAGGCACUACCGCAAACACACCGGCGCCAAGCCUUUUAAGUGCAACCACUGUGACAGGUGUUUCUCAAGGUCGGACCACUUGGCGCUACACAUGAAGAGGCACAUCUGAGGAAUUCGAGAGAGGUCAGCGGGAGUGGAAGAGAGAGGAUGAUGAGGACGGAGGAGGAGUGGAAGUAGGAAAGGGAGCAUCUUCUGCAGAAACAUAACACCGUGGUUGCCAGAUGAGGAAGAGAGAGAUUGAUGGUCUCGAAAAAAACACCAGAUUCGGUAGAGUGGACGGAGAGUGACGGAAAACACGUGAACUGAUCCUGAGGGGCUCCGUCAAUCUGUGCCGACCAGUUGGUCCAUGAUUCUGUGGUGACUUGUCGUCACCUUGCAAAUGUCCCCCAUGUGUCGUCAUGUGGACAAUACAGACGCUUCAUCCCACCCUUCGUAUGUGUCGUGGAGGGGACGUCUCGUGACGGGCGGGCAGGAGGGUGGACCACGUGUCUGUAGCUGGCAGCUCUUAACUUUGGUCGUGGUCCCGUCGGUGAACGCUUCCAAAAUAUUAGCCCUGUUUUUGCAGCAGUGCUCCAUGUGCCGGAGAGAGUACGCCAACGCCAAACCGGACUAGUUGUACAGUUAUUAUUGUGCAGAUCCAAGAGCAUAACUUGAUUUGAAGCUAACAUAUGCUAAACAAAGCAAGCAAGUAGGGCCUCCGUCACUCCCUCAACCUUAACAAUUCCCCCAAAGGGUUUAUUCUCACAUAUAUUGGACAAAUAUUAAUUUGACGGUUUUUCAUGUGACCUCUGUCACAGCAGCCAGCUGGAUCCAUUUAGAAAAUCCAUCUGGUUUGAUGGCACUGGAGCGCUUGUUUGAAUGGAGUGUUGGAUUGGAUUUCCCGAGGACUUGAAGAUUGGAGUUGCACUGAUGUACUGUGAAGACUGAUUGAGGUCAUCCGGGGGGCUGGGAAUGCUUUAUGAACAUGAUCCAUCGAGGGUUACCGCUGGAUGAGGCUAACUAAUCUACUCUGGGAAAGACUCCUUCAACAUCGGCUGAGUUUCUCAAGAGGAUGCCGGGAGGCUCUCGAGAGUGUUUUUCUUCUCUGGCAUCUUAGCUCUUAUGUCACAAACUGUUGCACAAUUGACUCUUUGCAGACUUUUUGUAAAAAAUAAAAUGAAAUAAAUAAAAGCGCCACUGUCUUGAACCAGGAGACAAUUUGGGACUCGCUGGCUUACACAUGCCAUCGGAGCGUGGGCAGCCACAUGCACAAUUCGAAGCAGCUAGCUGACUGCGAUAGCACACCGAACAUGAACAAGAUCAUGACGUAUGUAAAGGCUAUAAUGUUUCUAAGAGAAUAUUCUCCUAUUUGUUCAAAAGAGACAGUUGAAAAGAUCACUUUGAAGAACUCAUCGGGAAUGGGUGCAGCCAAAAAAAAAAAGAAAGAAAAAGAAGUGUCUACAGUAGAUGCCUGAAAUGAUCUCUUUGGCCUUUGAGAGUGAUUGGCACCUUACUAGCCACUAAGUUGAGGAGGGAUUUGUCCUGUUCACACCACCCACGCAGAAUUCUUCCAAUUUAGCAGCUCUCAGACUUUAUUUCAGGAAAAUAAAGCAGCUCUUUGAAUUUGGUCCUAUGCAUAUCCAAGGACAUUCCUGCUGACUUCCUGAUGCAUGUCUGAAUGCAGAGUCUACCCUACUGGAUGCAGAAGGACUUGCAGAGGACAUAAAUUCAAUCAAUUGGGUGGCUCUCCUCAGAGCAAAUCAAUGUGAAUGUAUCUGUUGCUGGGCCCAUGAUAACACAUAAUUGUGGUCGGUCAUGCCAGACGCCAUUUGUGUUUGUACUUUGUCUUUUUCCGUCAUUAUAAAUGAAUGAUUGGACUUGGGACAUCCAGCCAGUCACGGCUGGAAGCUUUUGACAUUUUACUGGUUGCACCGGCCCAGCGGGAGGUCGCGAGUGCUGAUUUGGAGUGGGUGGUAUAAUGGGUUAGGGAAGGCCAGAUAUGCUCAGUCAGCAAUGAUAACUGCCCCAUCAGCUCAUGAAAUGGGAGUGGAGUGGAACCCACGCGCACAAAGAGAAAAGUACAUUCACUUCCAGACAACUGGAAUUUGCAUUAUUCCUGUGUGACCUGACAAAUAAAAUUCAAAAUCUUUAAUCGACAAAUAUAUCUUGAAUGAACAGAGGUUCGACUCGAGGGCACACAAAUCAAAGAGGCAGCUCGGACAAAAGUAGAUUGUUGAGAUACUGGCAAAGUUUAUGGAAACAGCUUUGUCGGGGCGUUAGUACUUUAUUUAUUAGCAAGAAUAUUUUGAGGCAAACUGAGGUGCAUUUCAACUUUGGGUGUGAGGGCAGUCCAGCUCAAUCAUAUCUAGACAUGAUCUGUCCUGUAGACGCCACAGGAAGUCCUGCUUUGCAUAAAACAUAAAGCGAAAGUCCAUAAUGUGGAAACAACAGCUCGUUUUUCUUUCAUAUUGGAGACAGGCCUUGACUGAUUUAGGUUUAACUGCUGCUUUAAAUUCAGUGAGACCAAACAUUCUCACAAGGAUGCAGCUAUACGUCACUGUUCAACACAAGUCGUCAAUACUUCAAACGCUUGAGAAUCUCUUUGCAGAUGAUGUGAUACUGUUUGUCUGAGAUGAGUGUCAGCCUGACCCUUCAUGUGAAAGAUAAAAUGAAGAAUAGCAGCUUUACCCACGAGGUUAAAAAACUGUAUAAUCGAUGGCAGCUCUAUUUGUGUGUUUCAGUAUUUCAAUGGGAUGCCUUCCUGUUGAACUGAAUGUGUGGGAAGCGGAGGAGUGUUGUCUUUUUUUUUGUUUUUUUUGUUGCAGUCAAGGUUUUUUUUUGACUGAAAUGUUUUUAUUUGAAUUUAGACUUGAAGGAGCCAAAACCACAGAAAUAUCACAAUUAGAGGAUAGUUAAAUAUUUGACUGUUCUUCUUCUGAGCUGACUCAAACAAAUUGUUCUCUCCACGUCUUGACUGGGAUUUUUCAAAUGUGAAUGUGUCUUCUGGAAAGGUCGUUUCAUGUCGUCUCCGAGGCUGUGGCUCGGUUCCGUGUCAUCUUAAUGAAUGAUUGUCAAUUCUGCCGUGCCUGUGUGUUCUUCGUCCGUUUGUAUUUGCACUCUGCAAUUUUUUUUGAAGGAAAAAAAAAAGAAGGAAUCACCUCUUGCAUAUCUGAUGUUUUCUGUCUGCCUGUGAAGUCCGCUACACUUCAAACCGCGACGACCCUUGGUGAUGAAACAUUGAUCACGAAGUCUGUACAGUCUUUUUUUUUAGCACAAAUGUACACACACUCAUGCACACAUGGACAUGCAUGCAUCCGUACGUUCACCAAAACUCACACGCAUACAUUCACAAAUCCUAAUUCCAUGUAGUCUCCUUGUGUGUUUUUCACCGUUUUUCACAUUCUGAAAGGCAGAGACUGCAGCUCCUGCUCUCAGCUUCAGAGUGGGGGUACAUGCAUUACUAUGUGUGACGCCACCUCUGUUUCCACCAGGUCUGAAUUUUAAAUCAAACGCACCCCCUUUUUCUACCAGCAUUUUCUCAUUCCUCCCCUCUCCCGGCCUUCCCUCCCCCCACCUCCCUUCCAUUUUCUCCGAUAUGAUCCCUUUCAACUCUUCCUCUCUUCGGUCCAACCCCCCACCACCACUACCACCACCACUUCUGCCCCUGCCUUUCCCCUUCUCCACCUUUUUUCUUCCCUCUGUUGUCUUUCUCCUUUUCUUUCUCUGUACAAAGUGUUUCAAAUUUAUUAUUUGUAUAUUAUGACGUAUGGGUACGAUAAUGUUCUUUAUUAUGGAAAAAUGAGAAAGAUUUAUUUUUGUUACCGGUUUGUUUCAUAAUUCCUUUUUUAAAUUGGUAUUGUAAUAUCUCUAUGCAAGGAACUGUUCGGUGAAUCGUUUUUAUUUAAGAAUGUAAUUAUGUGUAAUAAAUGGUAGAAGCAG